CUCGCUCUCUCAAAUCUCCCUCGCGCGCUCUCUCUCUCUCUCUCUCUCUCUCUCUCUCUUUCAAUUCUCUCUCUGCCUCUUCCCUCCUCGCUCGAUCUCACUGCGCUCAGUUAUCUGGGAUCUGACGCUCUCUCUGUCUCACUUAUAUCCUCCUCUCUCCCUCAGAUCUCACUGCCUCUAGGCUUUCAUAAAGUUUGAAAAUCCUAGAAACAUACCCCUUGUUCAAGAUGAGCCGGCCAAUGGAGGAGGAUGUUGUCAAGAACGAGGAGGAGGAAUUUAAUACAGGACCACUCUCUGUUCUUAUGAUGAGUGUGAAGAAUAAUACUCAGGUGCUCAUCAAUUGUCGUAACAACAGAAAGCUUCUUGGCCGUGUGAGAGCAUUUGACAGGCAUUGCAACAUGGUUCUGGAAAACGUUAGGGAGAUGUGGACUGAGGUGCCAAAGACUGGAAAAGGCAAGAAAAAGGCCCAACCUGUUAACAAGGAUAGAUUCAUCAGCAAGAUGUUUCUCCGUGGGGAUUCAGUUAUUAUUGUUCUUAGGAAUCCUAAGUGAGGUGUAUUAUUGUAUGUAGCUUUGACAAUUCCAACGACUUGCAGAAGUAGUGUCCAUGUGGAAAAUUUUAUGUACCAAGGUUGGGAGCUUUUAUGUACACUUUUUUUGAGCAACUUUCAAGUGCUGUAUAUUUUUUACCAAAUGGAUCAUGCACAUGCUAUGUGAUGCAUACAUAAACA